AGACUGUCUUUUGAAAGAUAAACUAAAAUACAAAAACUAUUAAAUAAUAAUAAUAUGAAUAAUAAUAAUAAUAAUGUAAUAAAACAUUUGAUGAUUUGAGUCGACUAUAAAUUGUUUGGUUAUGCGAUGACAAACAAAACACACACACGUGUCAUAUGAUUAUAUAGUAUUGAAAAUGCCGGGAAAGGUCAAAGUUCGGGUGUUGGCCGGCCGUAAUCUACCCGUUAUGGACAAGUCUAGCGAUACGUCCGAUGCAUUUGUUGAGGUAAAGUUGGGUAACACGACCUACAAGACUGAAGUGUAUCGCCGAUCACUGAACCCGUUCUGGAAGUCUGAAUGGUUUCGAUUUGAAGUGGACGACGAAGAACUACAGGACGAACCCUUACAGAUACGGGUUAUGGAUUACGACACAUAUUCGGCCAACGAUGCCAUCGGAAAGGUAUACAUCGAUUUGAAUCCGUUAUUGAGUAAAGACUCGCGACAUGUGAUGAGCGGUUGGUUUCCAAUAUAUGACACAAUGCAUGGCAUACGGGGAGAGAUUAACUGUGUGGUCAAAGUCGCACUAUUUUCCGACGCAAACCGAUACCGUCAGUCGUCCUGUGGUUUCAAAUUUUUCUAUUCACCGGCUAUUCCCAGUGGGUUUACAUGUGAUGCUAUUUUCGGGUUUGUUGAAGAAUUGGUGGUUAAUCACGACCCGGAAUAUCAAUGGAUCGAUAAGAUCCGAACCCCUCGUGCCUCAAAUGAGGCCCGACAGGCCUUGUUCUCAAAAAUUUCGGGUGAAGUUCAACGAAAGAUUGGUAUUAAAGCCAUUGAUUUGGGCGGAAAUGCUGUCGUCAGUUAUCAACAAUAUUUCGAUAUGGAGGGGGAGUCAGGAAUUGUGGUGCGAGGAAUCGGUACGGCUGUCCUAUUAAAGAAAGUUGAGUCCAGCCAUCAUUCAGGACCCCUGUCCUCACAGUUUGUUAAUACAUCUGAGUCUCCAAAUCCAAACGAUGAUAAUCACUUGGCAUCCACUUCGCCGCCAUUAAAUGCUAACAUAACACCAACUUCUGUAACGGCGCCCUUUAUUACACCAAAUAAGUCAAUGUCUCCGACAAGAAUUAGUCAUUUAGGACAAAGAAGACUUUCCGAACCAGACCUGACUGGAACAACACCUAAAGGAUUGAGCUAUUUGAGUGGUAGCACCGGUUCGGGUCGUAAAUACAUUAUAUCACCGGAGAGUUUUCAUCUUUUAGAAUAUCCUUUUAUUACGAUGAAGUCAUUUCCAUCUAACCUUAUUCUUCAUAUCGGAGGUGUUGUCUCCGCCCGUUCCGUUAAAUUAUUAGAUCAGAUCAAUAAUCCCGACGAUCCCGAAACUCGAGACGUUUGGUGGACUGAAUUGAGAAAAGAGAUUCGUUCGCAUAAUAGAGCGCUUGCAUGUAAUGCAGUGUUAGGUUAUACGGAAUCGACAUAUAUUUGUGAUGAGAUAUGCAUUCUGUCGGCUUCGGGUACGGCCGCUGUCCUUAAAACGGGUGAUUCUGAACAUAACAUUUCCAAUCUUUUUAAUCAAACUUCAAUUUACACCUAUGAUAACAAAAAGGAUACAAUCAUUGAAAAUGAAUCAAAUAUUAUAAAUAAAAAUCUUAAAGUAGACAUUAGUUUAGCUCAAAAUCAUAUACAUUUAGAAGAUAAAAGUCAAAUGAAUCAAAAUCAUUGUCAUUUGUGUCACAUUCCUUAUUUGGAAACUUCGGUACCAUUUCCGGCCACUUUAGUCAAGUGCAUGAUUUGCAAGAGAGCUAAAGUGCCGGACGUGCUAUUUAUGACUAUUGAGCCGCCAGAAGGAAUUCCUACCAUAGGUCACGGCACACUCAUACAGGCCCGGGUGUGUCGAUCCAAAAAAGAUUCUAAAGGCGAACAGUGCGCUAAAGAGAUAUCCGAUGGACUUCCGUUUUUGGAGUAUGAAUUGCAUAGACAAAUGCUGAGCAAAUUAAAAGUCAAAGCAAUGAAUGCUUUGUUUAACAUUUCGAUUCAGGUGUCAUUCGGUGAGAAUAUGUUGAUAGCUGUGGCCACUGGAACCGGUGCUUUUUUAUCACCAUUGAGUCCUCCAUCUCCACCAAAGAUUUCGUCCGGAAAAGGCAUUCAAUGUUCAAAACUAAAUGAAAUUCAAUCGCUUAUUACAGAAAGUAUUGUAAAAAAUCGCGAACAUUAUAAUCUGACGACAGGUAAUACUUCGAUACAAAACGGUGUUAAUAUCAAUGAGAAUAAGGAAGAGGACAACGAAGAUCCAAAUGAUAUGAUAUUUGAUGGCAACAGUAAUCCAAAGAUUGAUUUAAAUAAUGGAAACAAAGAAAGUUGUGUUCUUUUAGAAGUUGAUGACACAGAAGAUGCAGAUAUUAUUGCUCUUAUGAUUGAUUCAGACGUUCCUAAAGGAUAUGAAAUAUGCAAUAGUGAAUCAUUACCGGGGAUGAGAAACCAAUUGAUUUGCAACUUACAAAUGUUUACACAAGUCUAUAGGACUAAACUCACAUCAAUUAAACAAUUUGGACAUCAAUUUGAUUGGAUUAUACAGAGUCUUUUUGUGAAAUAUCGUCGUUUGAUUCCCUGCUGUCUAACAGAUUUAAAAUUCAGAGUGGAUUUGCCAGAAGCAGAUUUAGUACAAAUCACAGUCGUUGGCACUGCCAUUGGCAUCGGUCCACCCGUUAAGACAACAAUUAGAAGUCGGAAACACACGGAGAUUGGAGAUUCUGAAUUAGUCUUUACAAUGGAUCCAAUUGAUGAACAAAAAGCCAGUGAUCAAAAUGUCCAAAAUCUUUGUCCUAAUGGAGUACCAUAUCAUAUUGCAACCACUGAACACUUUGGCAUAGAGUUGACUCCAUUGAGUUAUAUACCCAGCGGUCAAAUUGAGAGCUAUUUGGGAAAUCUUGAUUUUUUCUUUAUAAGAGAGAGUACUAGUAUUAGAGAGUUUGGUGGUUUAAGUGGUUUUAUACAUAGUUUUUUGACUGAAGUGUUUGCUAUCGUCCGCUCCCAUGUGUCAGCUCUGGGCGGUAAUGCUAUGACGUCCUUUCAUAUCACACAACUUCUCCUGAUUUAUAAUCCACAUAAAAAUCAGUCUCAAUGUUUGGUCAAUGUUGCCGGCGAUGCGGUUAUUGUCCGCUACGAUAACAAAGAGAAGAGUCGAGCAACUAGUGGUCCUUUAGACGCAACUUUAGGCAAUAGUUUGGCAUAAAAUUCAAUAAAAAACAAUAGUUUUUAUAAACUAAUGCUUUACUAAGUAUUAUAAGUAAUUCGGUCAAUGACUUCAUUUUCACUUUAUUACAAAUCAUCAUAUUAUCAAAUAAUGAAAUUUUU